UGGAUAUCUCAUGAAAAUCGGUUGAUAAAUGACCAAGUCAUGACUUCAUUUCAAUAUCCAUAUAUUGGCUUGUAUGGGAACGACGACCUUCCCAACAUGGCCGCUAUGUAGGCACGUCAGUUACUGGGCCUCUAAGCGCGCUGACGUAAACACACCCACAGCACAUCGUCGGCACGCAUGCGCAGUGUAGGUCUCAUGAUCACGUGACUGCGUGUCUUCCGGGUCUGUCCUGCGGAUGGCGUAUUAGUCCGGUGAGGAGGAUGAACUCGAUCAAUGGCACCAGGAAGAAAGUCUGCAGGCAGCAGCAGCAGCAAGUGAACAGCGUUGCAGCUUGUGAUGGUGACGCACUGACUGAAAUUAAAGAUCUAUUCAGUAAAUCGAGAACCUACAUCAACCCGUCCAAUGACGAGUGGUGCAGCCCUAAUGCGACUGUCGCUUUUAGAUAUCAUGCGAAAGUGCAAAACCGCCACCUUCAGGCCCUGAAGGUGUCCCUGAACGCCGUGAAGAACCAGCUCAGUGAUAAGAACAUCGAAGUGUGGCAUGAGCACACCAACUCCACUAACCGGGCGGGGAAGGUCAUCGCCACGGUGCGCUCCGCUGCCAAUGCGGAAAUAUGCACGCAGGCGUGGUGCAAGUUCUAUGAGAUCCUGGGAACGUUCAGGCUUCUUCCUGAGGAGGCGCUUUACUCCGGGGAGCUCAACACGGUUCACCUGUGUGAAGCGCCUGGGGCUUUCAUCAGCGCUCUGAACCACUAUGUCAAAACGAGUGAGCGCACACGCUACUGCGACUGGAGCUGGGCCGCCAACACGCUCAACCCCUACCACGAGGCCAACGCAGGAGGCGCCACCAUUGCAGAUGAUCGGUUAAUCGCCAAUACUCUGCCGUGGUGGUUUUUUGGGUCAGACAACACUGGCGACAUCAUGCUCCAAAAGCACCUACUGGAGCUGCAGACGUUCGUGGCAAACAUGCGUCGAGUCGAUCUGGUGACGGCAGAUGGGAGUUUUGAUUGUCAGGAGAACCCCAAUGAGCAGGAGGCGCUGGUGACGCCGCUGCAUUACUGCGAGGUGACCGCCGCGCUGUUGCUUCUGAGCCCCGGAGGCUCCUUUGUGCUCAAAAUGUUCACUCUGUACGAACACUCCUCUGUCUGUUUGCUCUACCUGCUCAACUGCUGCUUUGGCUCCGUCAGCGUCUUCAAACCUGCCACCAGCAAGGCUGGCAAUUCCGAAGUUUAUGUCGUGUGUCUCGGCUACGACCGCAAGGAGGCUGUGAGGCCUCUGCUCUCCAAGCUCAUUCGAAAUUACGGCGCACAUCUGGCGGAGAGAGAAGCGCUUUUCCCAGAAUCCUCGAUCCCAGCCUCGUUCCUCACACAGCAUGAAGAGAUGUGCACGUACUUUCACUCUCUGCAGGUGGAGACCAUCACAGAAAACUUGAGCUUGUUUGAAGGAAUGAGUGCUGAGCACCGGGAGAGGCUUGACUACAUCAGGGAUUGUACGGCUCAGGACUACCUGCAACGUUUCCAGGUGACAUUCCUCCCUCGGAGUCAAUGGAUCUCCCGUAACGCCGUCAGCCCCGCCUGCUGCCGCGUCUCGGUGGGCCGACCUUUGGGGCCGAAGAAGCAAGCCGCAGGCUCCUUCAAUGAGCGCAGGGAAUUGCAGACUCUGAGCUGGAAGCAGCGCGUGGAGAGGGGUUGCCAUGCCGACUGGGUACAGCAACACCGCUGUGAGACCGACGAGACGGCCUGCGUGCUGCAGGGACCUCUGUCCGGCUGUCACGUGGAUUCCUGGUACGUUAUUGUCGGUGCAGCGCUGCCCGCGGUCAGAAACUCUCCAUUCUGUGCUGGAGUCUUGUUAGACUAUGUGACUGAAGCACAGCUGGCCUCAGACUUGAAUCAAGUGCCUUCCUGUGACUCAUGCCACAUUUUUAGCGCCGCCUCCAUCUUGUCAGACGUGGCAAGUCUUUGCACCGACAAUAACGGGACGAAAAAGACAAGGCAGUGUAUGGUGUUCGGCAGCCGCUCAGAGUGGGACGCCUGUGGGAGCAAAAUUGAAGAGCUACUUCUCACGUUUCCUUCAGAUGGUUCAUAUCCUCGAGGAGGCCGCGAGAUGCUGCAUGACGCGGCGCCGCCGUACCAGCAUCAGCUCGUCGGCUGGCUCGUGCUGUCCCUGCGGAGCCUGACUUCUGGGGACGCCCUCUUGCUGCCCGUGCCGUCUGCACUCACCCGUGUCUCGGCUGCGCUUGUGCUCUGCUUGCACGUUUGUUUCCGCUCAAUCAAGUUCAGGUGCCCGCCGCCCGAAGGCGGCGUCGGAGCGCUGCUCGUAUGCGCCGGCUUUUGCCCCGACGCUGCAGCCCGAAUCCUCCCAGCCUUGACAGAAGUCCAGAACUGUAUUGGCGAACUGCUAAAAGGAGAAGAUGCAGGUAAAUGUCAGUUGGAGUGUGACAGACAGGUGCUACAAUUCGUGCCCAUGGAGGAACUGCUCAAUGGAGGAUUGACGGAAUUCCUGCGGACCAUGAACUCUGAAAUUAUGCGACACAGACUGCAUUUGCUCAUGCAAGCAUAGAACAGGCGAGACAAUACCAGCUAACGCCUUAAAAAGCAUUGUACUAUUUUAUUUAUAUGGAAGCAGAUUUUUGAGCAUUGCUCAGUACUUUUUUGGGGGGGGAGUAGGGGUGCUAUCAUGAUCCUAGUUUGCCAAUUUGUUUAUUUCAUAGUCCACAUACAGUGGAACCUCCAAAGUCGAACGCAAUCCAUUACAGCUGUAGUCCCUAACUAGUACCCUAUUAUACCAAAUAUUUUGAUGGUCCGGCAUAGGAACAAAUAAAAACAAAUAAUUAAAAAAUACAACUCACCAUUAAACUGAAUGCAGUGGUUGUAAUAAGUGGGAGCCCUGCGCCUGUUUCUGUCAACGAACCGGUCUCAUCUUGGGGUAAUUUAAAAAAACUCAAUGUCAUGUCUUUUGAUGCCCUGUGUUUGGUCCCUAUGUGCUGCUGCUGCAGUUCUGAUGGCUUCUCUGCCUCAUUUGCCAGCAUGUUGCCACAUUUUACACAGGAUGAAUAAAAGAAACAACAACACUUUUUAUCAUUUGUUAAAACCUUAUAAACCUGAAAGUUGUAUAUUAGUAAAAUGAUCUGUGAAAAGAAUUGUGUACUUAUAAUGAUUUUUAACAAACCACUAAUCCAACAAAAUGCGGGUUACUCAGUUGCUGUGCACUGGCGGACACACACUCACAGUUGUUCACCGGCACACGCCAUGCAGCCUUUUACCCUCCAGCUCGCCGUAAUGAAAUUCUCGCUAGCUUGUUAGCUUACUUUUUUCCUGUAUCACGUGACCAUGACGAGCGUUUUUGACAAGAGGCACGUGCAGCUGCGCCUGAUUUUCACAAAUCUAUUUUCGACUCUGAUCAAUGAAAUUAUUUUUCUUCAGUCUCUCUCUGCGGCCCAGUGAUAGGGGACCGUCAACCUAAUUUGAACUGUACAUAUUGUUUUAAGUAACAUUUAAACAUUCUUAGCCGUUGUAUGUGUAUGCUAUGAUAAUCUUAAAACAUAUAGCAAGUUAAGUUAAUGCUGGAAGUUCACUACUUUAAAUUAGUAUGUUUACGUUUCGUAACUUCCACAAAAAACAAAGCAAAACAGAACGAGCAAAGUUGUUCCAUUGUUUGUGGAAGUACAGUGACAUCUCGUAUGGCGUCAUUUGUGAUGGUGGUUCAAACUUUUUUAUUUCUUAUUUUGCCAAAAACUGUGGUCAAUUUCCAAAACUGUAUAACCUCAGUGGAAUUCGACUUUAGAGGUUCUUCCAUAAUCCGAUAUUUUGGGUGUUCCCAAAAUUUGACAUCAUUCGAAAUCUGAAUAUCUGAUUAACUACCUGCCUUACUUAGGCAAACAAAACUUAUUUAAAUUAAUUUUAUAAGCGAUUUCACAAGGCUUCACCACAUGCCAGUGUCGUACGAGAAAUGUGUAUAUCCAUCGAUGCUCUUCUUGCAGACUUUCUGGGACUUGGCACAAAUGUUUCCCGAACCUUUUUGACGAUAUCUUCCGAUACUGGGGAUCGUCCAGAUUCAUUUACCCUACACAGACAGCCUUCCUUUUUUUGUGUGUGCGCCAUUUCCAAAUCUGCUUUUCAAUUGGUGUAUUUGUAUGGAUUUUGACACUGCGCACGCUUGUUUGAUUUAUUCUAACAUUUACAAAAUGCCUAUUCUUCUUGAUGAAACUUUAUCAUUUGAGCGAGGAUUGGCUAUUAUUAGACUCUAUUUUUAUUUACCUGUUUCUAUCCACUUGCUGUGAUAACCUACUGAAUGUCUUUUUAUUAUUUUCAUUUGGAGACAGCACAUGUAAAUCAGUUAAAUAAAACAAAUGUGUUAACAAAGCAGAAUUUUACUGAUUUUCAGUUCUGUUUGUCACAGGCCCAUGAAAAGCCUGUGUCAUUGAGUUGUUUGUUUCUGUUUUUAGGAUUAUUAAAAAAAAAAAAAAAAAUCAUUAUUUUACAAGAAA